AUGACUAAGUGGAUCGAAGCAGAACCAGUCGCUUCUAUCUCGGCUUCGAAAGUCACCGGGUUUAUAUGGAAAAACAUAAUAUGCAGAUUUGGCAGACCACAUUACCUCAUAUCAGAUAAUGGAACUCAAUUCACAAGUUCACAGGUUCGGAAAUUAUGCAAAGACGUAGGAGUCAAACAGAGGUUCGUAUCAGUAGAACAUCCACAGACGAAUGGCCAAGCUGAGGCAGCCAAUAAAGUUAUCUUAAGAGCACUCAAGCGAAGGAUAAGCUCGGCGAGAACAUCAUGGCCGGAAGAAAUACCCCGAAUCUUGUGGGCUUAUCACACAACCCCUCAGUCGACAACACACGAAACCCCCUUUAACCUGGUGUAUGGGACUGACGCUCUUCUUCCGGUAGAACUCAGCGAUUCAACAAGAGUAAGAGUCGCCUCGGAGAUCGACGAUCAAGGCAUUCGUGGAAACCUUGAUGUCCUGGAAGAGGUGCGGGAGUUAAGUCGUAUAACAAGCGAAGCCACCAAGAGACGGGUGGAAAGACGAUAUAAAACUAAGGUACGACCUCGCGAUUUCAAGGAAAACGACUUAGUACUCAGAAAGGCCCAUGCAAACGAAUUAGAAGACAAGUUAUCCCCCAAAUGGGUCGGGCCAUUCCGUGUACAGAAGGUUCUUCUUGGAGGAGCUUACAAGCUGGAGACGCUAGAUGGCACAACGAUUCCCAGAACUUGGAACGCUACUAACCUACAUCCUCAGUACGCUGAGGGCUCUUUGAGAACGGUCCGACCUCGCUACGUGCUUGGGAAGAUCCUCAGUAUGCUGAGGGCUCUGUGUAGAACGGUCCGACCUCGCUACGUGCUUGGGAAGAACCUCAGUACGCUAAGGGAUCUUUGUGAAACGGUCCGACCUCGCUACGUGCUUGGGAAGAUCCUCAGUACGCUGAGGGCUCUUUGUGAAACGGUCCGACCUCGCUACGUGCUUGGGAAGAUCCUCAGUACGCUGAGAGCUCUGUGCGGAUCGGUCCGAACUCCCUAUAAAGAAUCUCAGUAUGUUGAACGUCUUGCCUCGAUCCGACUUUCUUUCACAUACCCGAUAACACCCCUAGCUCGAAAUCGUUUCACCAUCUCCCAAUGA